AUGUUCUCCGGCACCCUCUUCCCGCACUGGCGCCGCAAAGCCGCCGAACGCUCCAGCAGCAGCUCGUACGAGGUGCCCUUCUUCCUGAACGCCGCCUACUACCCGAAUUGGCGCAUCUACCGCAAACAGCCGCCGUCGUCGCUGCGUCUGGGCUUUAUAUCGCACAUCUUCUACGCCUUUGCCUGGGUCAAAGAAGACGGCACCGUCUAUUUGAGCGACGAAUGGGCCGACGCCCAGAUGCCCGUGGACGGCACGCAGGGCUGCCUGCGCGCGUUCGCGCAGCUGAAACCGCAGUACUCGAAGAUGAAGCUGAUCCUCUCGAUCGGCGGCGGCGGCAAGGGCAGCGAGAAUUUUGCCGCUGUCGCGCGGAGCCCGGCGCGCGUGGAGACGUUUGUGCGGACGGCCCGGGCGCUGGUCGAUCAGUUCGGCCUGGACGGGGUGGAUAUUGACUGGGAACAUCCAGCGGACCCGCAACAAGGCUGGGACUACGUGCGGCUGCUGGCGCGGCUGCGCGAGGGCGACGGCUUCCCGACGCCGCGGUACGUGCUGGCGACGUGUCUGCCGGCGGGCCAGUGGGCGCUGCAGAACAUCGACCUGGCGCAGGCGCAGCGGCACCUCGACCUGAUCAACGUGAUGACGUAUGAUUUCUCGGGCCCGUGGACGACCGAAACGGGCCACCAGGCGCAGCUGCACAGUCCCUCGCGCAACCCGGCCGCCGUGUCGUGCCAGUCCACCGUAACCUACCUGCUAUCGCAGGGCGUCGAGCCCAAGAAGCUCCUGCUGGGCGUGCCGGUGUACGGGCGGUCGUUUCUGGGGAGCAGCGGGGUCGGGCAGCGGUAUACCGGGUGCGGCGGGGAGGACGGGGUCUUUGAUUAUAGCGAGCUGCCGCGGCCCGGGGCGAAGGAGCAUCACGAUGAGAAGCUGGGAGCGGCGUACUGCGCGGGCGGAGACGGCGGGUUCGUCACGUACGACACGCCGCGCACGGUGCAGCAGAAGGCGCGGUUUGUGACCAAGUCGAGGCUCGGGGGGCUGUUUUAUUGGCAUAUUGGAGGGGAUGCGCGAGGGCCGCGCAGUUUGAUCGAAACGGGGUACAACACGUUACACGAUAUGGAGUGA